CCAACAGACAGUCAUUUUUAGCUCGGCAGCAGGUUGUGUGUCUGGAGUUGAGUUCAGGGCGGACCAGCCGGGCUGUUUGAGGGUGUUUUCCCGGCACUUUGUUAUCGCUCGGAGGGGACAGAUUAUCAGCAGGCGGUGGGUCGGUGGGUUGGUGAAGGUGUGUGUGGAAGGUGUGGGGGAGAUGGUUCCUUCCUCCCGGCAGGAUGGACCGGAGGAAAGUCGUGCCCGGGUUCGUCCCCUGCUGUCUGCUACUGGCCCUGUGUGUCUCCGCAGAGGUCAGUGAAGGUGGAUACUCGAAUACUGUGCAGAGUGCAGCUCCGCUCUCCUGUUCUGAAGGCUUUACAGAACUGGGAUACUAUAAUGGCUCGGUUUCCCGCACGGAGUCAGGCUCCCCCUGCCUGAAGUGGACAGACUUCCCAGAUUACAUGCAGCAGUAUCCAGGCCGAGGCCUGGGGGAGCACAGCUUCUGCCGAAACCCAGACCAAGAGGCCAACCCCUGGUGCUUCUUCAGGCAGAGCUCCGGUGCCAUCAGCUGGGCCUACUGCGACUGCCAUCAGGGCGCAGCCAGAUUGGUGGGGGGGACAUCAGGCAACAGUGGGCGUCUGGAGGUCUAUCUGAAUGGCCAGUGGGGGGCAGUAUGUGACACACACUGGACCGAUCGCGAUGCCAGUGUCAUAUGCAGACAGCUGGGACUGGGUGAGAUUGGUACAGCCCUGCAGCAUUCCUACUUCGGCCCAGGUUCCGUAUUCCACUAUGAGCGUCUGGGUUGCCGUGGUAAUGAGAAUUCCCUACUGGAGUGCCGAAACAGGAAGUUUCUCACCGGCGACUGCAGCCAUGGCAACGAAGCUGGGGUGAUUUGUGCUGAACCAGAAGGCAGGGGCAUCCCUUUGAGGCUAGUGGGAGGCCUGGAGGACUUUGAGGGCCGUGUCGAGGUGUACCGUGACGGCAGGUGGGGUACCAUUUGUGAUGACCAGUGGGAUGACACUGAUGCUGAGGUUGUGUGCCGACAGUUGAACCUGGGGGGCGUAGCCAAGGCGUGGACAUGGGCCCACUUUGGCCAGGGUUUUGGUCCCAUCUGGCUGGAUGGGGUUCAGUGUACAGGCAACGAACUCUCUCUGGAGGAGUGUCCUCAUAACAUGUGGGAGCAGCACAACUGUGACCACAUGGAAGACGCAGGCGUGUCCUGCAAUCCAUACACAGAUGGUGCAGUUCGUCUGGUGGGAGCAGACAGUCACUGGGAGGGUCGCGUGGAGAUUUACCACCAGGGAGAAUGGGGCACUGUGUGUGACGACAACUGGACUGAGCUCAAUGCUCAGGUAGUGUGUAGACAGCUGGGCUUCAGGGGCCGAGCAGAGGUGGCUCCUGACAGGGUGUAUGAAGAAGUUCAUGGACUAAUCCUGCUGGACGAGGUGCAGUGUCAGGGAACAGAAGCCACUUUACUGGAAUGCACCCACUCUAAGUGGGGCCAACAUGACUGCUCUCACAGUGAGGAUGUAGGUGUCCGCUGUCAGAGAGGGGGUGAUGCCAAUGAGAUACCAGGCCUAAUGCUUCGUAUUGGCCCUCUGGUGCGUUUGGUUGCUGGAGAGACCAGGAAGGAGGGUAGAGUGGAGGUCUUUAUUAACGGCCAGUGGGGAAGUGUGUGUGAUGAUGGCUGGAAUGAUGUCAAUGCAGCUGUGGUUUGCAGACAGCUGGGGUUCAUCGGUGUGGCUAAAGCCCGAUCCAUGGCGUACUUUGGCGAGGGUCGGGGUCCCAUCCAUCUUGACAAUGUUCGAUGCUCAGGCACUGAGACGUCCCUAGGCCAGUGUCCAGCUGUGGGCCAAGACAGCCAUGAUUGCCGCCACAGUGAGGAUGCAGGUGUCAUCUGUGAUUACACUCUGGAUCCUAUGGGAGAUGGCGCCAUAGCAAUGCAGACCUGUGGCCUGAGACUCAAUAACCAGCGUCGUCGACGCAGGAUCAUAGGAGGAGAUAAGUCACUGAGGGGUGAGUGGCCCUGGCAGGUGUCUCUGUGGCUCAGGUCUCAGUCUAAAGGCAACCAUCCUCUGUGUGGAGCCUCACUCAUCAACCCCUGCUGGGUUGUGACUGCUGCCCACUGCUUCAAGAGAUUUGGCAGAGACCCAACCCGCUAUGUGUUGCGCCUGGGUGACUACCACACUGAAGAGCAGGAUGACUUUGAACGCACUUUGUCCCCCGAACGCAUUGUUAUCCACAGAAAGUACCAUAGUCAGGGCUGGGAGUACGACAUCGCCCUGCUGCGGCUCAAAGGCACAGAGGGCAACUGUGUGGCAUUCAACCCUCACACUGGUGCAGUGUGUCUGCCAGAGCCAGGUAACAAGUGGGAGAAGAGGCCUGCUGCCUGUGUGAUCACUGGCUGGGGCAUCACAGACUCAGAGUACUCCCGCACUCUGCUCCAGGCCUGGGUCCCCUUGCUUCCAGCCUGGAAGUGUAAGAAGCGAUACGGUGAUCGUUUCACCAGCCGCAUGCUGUGUGCCGGGAGCCUGUCAGAGCACCACCGUGUGGACAGUUGCCAGGGUGACAGUGGGGGUCCACUGGUUUGCCAGGGCGAGGAGGGCCGUUGGGUGCUGACAGGAGUAAUCUCUUGGGGCCAUGGUUGCGGUAACCCCUCUUUCCCUGGGGUGUACACACGUGUGAGCAGGUUCCUGCGAUGGAUCGACAAGGUCAUCAACAAACCCUACAAGAACUAAUGACGGAGAGCACUUAGUAACACUGGAUAACCAGUGUUAUUCAGGGCUUCUGACAGGAAGUGUGUGUUCGUAGGAGCCUCCAGGCCAUUGCUUAUGUGUUGUGCCUCCUGGCCUUCUACACUCAGCUCUUAAAAUCAUUUCCCACAUCACUUCAAUGAGCAUGUAAAGGACAUUAUAUAUACAUGUAUAAUAUUCUCACGGUGUAAACUGAUGCCAAAUGUCCAUACAGUAGGGGACACCUGUGUUGUGGCAUACUUUGAUGAGAGCCAGUGAUGAGCGCACAGCCAGCAGUAAAGAUAGCUUACUUUAAUAAUUUGCUGCAAUACGUGCCUGUAUCUUGCACGUCUUCAUCUAAACAGUUCAAUGGCUGCAUCUUCUUUCAUUCCACACUCACAACAGAGUAUUUAAAACUGAACACAGAAACACUAAGAAAAAUUUCCAUAUCUUGCAAUGUAAAUACAUUUUUAUUAUACAAGGACUUAGCAGGGCUUUGCCAGUGGCUUGCCUGUGGAAAGCUGUUAAUGUGAAGCAGCAGCAGCUUGAAGGUAGACAUUGUUUUGUGGUCUGGCCAUGCUCCCAAGCAGCCAUCUCCUGCUGUGAGUGCGUGGAAAGGGAAAUGUGUAUGAUCAUGGCUAGAAAAUACAAGUCAGGGGAAAAACCUACCAGUACCCACUGUGCAUGAAUACAUUUUGAUUUAUUGAUGAGUACUGCUCUGGCUGGAGAGUAGUACCUAUCCAAACAGACUGGAAUAGAGAAACAUACUGACACACCUGAGACCUGUGCAAUCAAAUUUUGAUUCGGCUACAAGGAAACAAGGGGACUCAUGAAGACCUCUACUGGGUACACAAUGAAUGACAUUGCACUAAAAUGCAUGGCUGAUAAUCACACUGGGGUCACCUGUAAAUGAGAAUCUCAUGUAGGCUGUCCUAUGACACUGAAUUUGUUAAUGCAGACAUUUUAUUUGUUUUAUUGACAUUCCAUCUCUGAAGCAAAACCACAGGUCAAACCAUUAUUCAUUGUUAUUCAUCAUUAAUCAUUGUUGCCAUAUAUCUGCUGAAAUGUAACUAAUUACAGGCCUAAAAAAUAACAUUUAUUCUCAACUAUCAUACAGAAAAGUGCAUGUCUAUUGACAGGCUGUCUACACAGAGGCCUAUAGCCAGAAUUAUCAAUCUGGCAAAAUAGGCAACUGCCCUGGGGCCCAGGAACCUGCAAAAGCCUCAGGUUUACUGUUUAUGAUAAUUGGUUUGUGGUAAUGAUUAACUGUAACUGUGUUUUUGGGGAUAUGGGAGUAUGUAUAUUAUCAACUGACAUCAUUAGGGUCGUGGGGCUGUAUUACAGAAACUCUAACUUGCAGAUCCUAUCUUAAAGCUGCAGUAAGUAAGUUAUAAAAAUAACUUUUUGACAUUAUUGCUGAUAUUUCCAAUGUGUUCUGACAGUAGAACAUGAGACAGAUAAUCGGUGAGAAAAUCACGUUCCUCUGGCUUCUCCUAGUUCUCCUAAUGGUAUUCGCAAGAAUCCACCGGGCCUGAACAAAAACAACCAAUCAGAGCCAAGAAAGAUAUAAGGAUGCUUUGGGUUGGAGAUUGAAGAUAGUUGAUUGCUGAAUCUCAUUCCCAAACACCCUGGGAAUGAAACUCAACAAUCAACUAUAUUUCUUGACUCUGAUUGGUUGUUUUCGUUCAGCCGCAGUGGAUUCUUGCAAAUGUCAUUAAAGGAACACUAGGAGGAGCCAGAGGAACCUGAUUGUUUCACAGAUUAUCUGCCUCAUGUUCUACUGUCAGGAUAUAGUGAAAGUUUCAGCAAAUAUAACAAAAAGUUAUUGUUAUAAAAGUUACCUACUGCAGCUUUAAGAUAGAACGUUUCUGUAAUAAGUCCCCUGGCGUCUGAUCUUGAGGCGCUGUCUUGGGGCCCUGUUUUGAAAAAUAGAUUUAAAACCAUCAUCAUUUCAGCUGAUAAAGUGAUUACACGGUAGAUAAUCCAAAAAGAAGUUGUAUUUAUUUUUGGAAUACUGCACACAAUUUGUGUGUACAACUGUAGUGUAUACAAGAAGAUAUACUAUGUUCUGUUAUGUAUAGGUCAAUGCAAUUUUCAUUUUUGUAUUGUGUUAAUUUAUUUUGAAAAAAAACAUCAAUGUUGACUUUGUUGAGCUGUAUUUAUUGAAGCAGUGUUGAUUUGAACAUGGUCACAUUCCACUACUAACUGCUGAAAGAAACGAUGCUGCUGGGACAUUUCAGAUAAUGCGUCUAAGCCACAGGACACCAGUAUUCAACCCUAAGACACUUAACAGAGACUAGCUGGCUAGUCUCACUGGCCUUUUUCAUUAUGCAGAUAUCAUUCAGAUAAAAGUCUCAAAACAAAUUAUUACAUUAACCACAAUCUCACAGAUUCCCAUAUAGGCCUACUUUAUGACCCAUGCUGUAUAAAGAUGGGGAAAAAAACUGUCCUACAUUGGCUCAUGUGUUGAUUUCAGUAAAAAAAAAAGUACAUUUCCACAGCACCUUCCCCUCACUUUCUCUUUUUAACAAAAACAGGUCUCUGUGGUUAAUUUAUUCUGAUGAUUUUCUGAUGUUAAGUUGCUCUUCUGCGAUUCCUGCAAAUGUUUGAAAAGCCUUACAGGGAAGGGAUUACUGCCUAAACUGCUGGAAGGCUUUUAAUGUUAAACCGAUUGAAGAAGUAUGAAGCUUGCAUUUACAACAAACGGCAAAUUAGCAUAACAGAAUACAGUUUUUUUCAACAAUAUAUUUAUUAUUCUUUGCCUCAUAUACACAAAAACACAAACAAAGCAAACCUUGAUCAGUCAUAGGAUGCAGAAAUCCUAGAUCUAUCAGUAUUCAUCCAUUUUAAUAAAAAAAUAUAUAUUUAUCUGGAUAAAACCUUAAAAUUGGAAGGUUUUUUGGAAUAAUUUCCCACCUCAUCCCACAUAUAAUUUUUUUUGCAUUGCCAAACACAGUGUAACCCUACAGUGUUUCGUAUUGAUUUAUUUCAUUUUACAAGAGUGACAUGUUUGCAUUUACCAAUUCUACUGUAGUUAUCUGAGUUGAGUACUUAUGACCAUAUGACCUCUGGCUACUAACUAAAGGAGACUAACUCACCGAUCUGUGUCAAAUUUGGACAUAUAAAGUAUUGAAUAACACUGCAUUGCAUUGCAAACAAUGAAAACCAAAAGAGGAGUAGGACACUUUUUCAGCUGUUAAAUAUUAAUUUAUGUUCCUGAAGAUCUUACUUUCUUGUUGUGGAUGAAAUAAAUUCAUUGUGUUAAAAGUU